AUGUCGGAUGCUACCAGCAACCCGGAACUAAAACGGUCACUAGACCAAGUAUCUACUCCUGCCGAUGCGGACUCAGAGGGUACAUCCGAAGCCAAACGACCAAGAGUCGAUCAAGUAAAGGAUACUCAACAAGACGCGCCUGUCGCGUCGACAUCUUUCUCUGCAGACGCCGUCGAUUCUAAUCUACCCAAACCCGAAGGAGACAACGCUAACCAGGCGGGUGACGUCGUGAUUCCAACUGCUCCAGAUGCCGAAGCCAAACCCACUCCAUCACAAAAUGAGAAAGGGAAGGGCAGACUCUCUGAGAGGAAGAAACGGGGUCGUGGUCCAGGUGCUCGUCGCACACGAAAUGACGAGGAUGCAUCGAAAGACGGAACCAAAGAAGAAGGCGAAGAGGGUCCCAAGGCAAUCCGCUACCCAAAGCGACAAUGUGCGCUCCUCAUGGGAUUCUGUGGGUCGGGAUAUAGCGGUAUGCAAAUCCAGCCAGACCACACUCGGACGAUUGAGGGCGUUUUAUUCAACGCACUUGUUAAAAUUGGUGCUGUAUCUCAAGACAAUGCAGACAAUCCUACCAAGGUCAACCUUGCACGCGCAGCUAGAACCGACGCAGGUGUCCACGCUGCGGGAAAUAUAGUCUCUCUCAAAAUGAUCAUCACCAUCCCUGGGGUUAAAGAUAUAGUUGCCAGAAUCAAUGAAGAGCUACCACCCGAAAUUCGCGUUUGGGGAUAUGUUAGAACUCAAAAUUCGUUUAAUGCCCGAACCCGCAAAUACACAUACUACUUCCCAUCAUACCUUCUUAUCCCUCCGAAACCCGGUUCAGGCAUGCACAGAGUCUUUUCAGGAUCUGCCGCCCCAUCUACCGUACCUUCAGACGAAGCAUCUGUGGAAAAGUUUGCACCCAUCCCCGGAAUUUCCUACGAGUUCUGGAAAGACCAGCUGGAUGGUGCUAUGUCAACGAAAGAAGAGGAUAUGGCCAGGAAACGUGCCUGGCGAGUCGGUCCGGAACAGAUGGAAACUCUUCGAUCAAUCGUGACCAAGUACUUGGGCACCCACAAUUUCCACAACUUUACGGUUGGCCGCGACUUUGGUGACCGAAGUUGUAAACGAUAUAUGAAAAAAAUUGAGGUGGCUGACCCUGUGGUAUAUGGCGAAACUGAAUGGAUUAGCGUGCUUUUCCAUGGACAGAGUUUCAUGUUGCACCAGCGAAAAAUGAUGGGCGCACUUGUCCUGGCUUGCAGAAUGGGCGCACCACCUAGCAUUAUCAACGAGCUAUACGACGAACGCGAAGUGUUCGUGCCGAAGAUGCCCUCACUGGGUCUUCUUCUUGAAGAACCGCUGUUCGAUUCGUACAACCAACGGAUGAGCGUGAUUAAUGCCAAACUCGAGCCUAAAGACCCAGAGUACCGACCGCUUAUUGACUUUGAUCUGUACCGUGACCAGAUCAACGCUUUCAAGGAUAAGUUCAUAUACACGACAAUGCGAGGAGUCGAAGAUCGUGAUGGGUUAUUCGACGCAUGGAUACGAUCGAUUGACGCAUAUGCAGGUAAUGACAUGCUUUACCUCAACCAGUCAGGCAUCGUACCGGAAAGCGCUGUGAUCCACAGAGGCGAAAAGCGUGCCAAUCCUUUCAAAGAGAAACGAAUUUUCGAUACUACAAGCUUCCCAAGCACAGGCAUCAAAGAGAAAUUGGAGAACGUUACCGAAAUGGAAGACGCAGAAGAGGAAGUCAUCGACAAGAAACAUCUUGCUGAGACGGAAGGAUGA